CAUUUGAUUAUUAAUAUAAAAAAGUAAUACAAUACAAAUUAAAUGUGUUAUUUGUGUGACUGAAGUUAAGUGCAGUAUUGCCAAAGCAUGUUGUACAAAGUUUACAGUGUAUGUAAAUGUAAUGUAAACCUGUAAUUUCCAAAAUGCUUAUUUUAACAUUUACCUUUGAAACAGAAACAAAACCAUCACUCAUAAACAGCCUUUUCCUGUCAUCAUUACAUCUAAUAAUAUAUGAAAAGUUAGAGACUGAAAUCUAAACACAUCAUUUGCUGUCUGAUUAAACAGUGACAUGUUUUAUAGCCUGCAGUGAUACAGUCCACUUAAACAUCUUCAGGGUUUGCUGUACAUCCAAGCACAGCUUUAACUAAACUACAAACACUUUAAUGAUAGUUUGACAUGUUGAGGUGAUGAGGACACAGACCGUUUCCCAUCCAAACUUUGAGCUGCUUCCAUGUCUGUGACCUCCUCCUCCAGCAGCCCACUGAACAAAGUCAAUGGUGGGCGGGACCACGGUGCUCAGUUUUCAGCCCUUUCCGAAUGUCACAGCGAUGAUCUUGAGCUCCCAUUGGCUCCUGUCUGCCGCUACGUCACAAUCAUGAUUAGAAUUGAUGAUCGGACGUUCUGAUUUCAUUGUCUAGCAAAGGGGACUGGUGAAGAAAUCUGCUGAAUUUGAACGUCCGUCUGAUUUUGACAUUAAAAAUGCCUCAUUACCCAGCAGUGUGACAGGUGCACUGAGACACACGAUGAGUACAAUCAAAACGGCGCAAAUCUAGAAACAUGGAGGUUUUGCUGUGAUCUGCAUGGCUGCCCCGUUCCCCUCCAGUGUCAGAAUGGAGUUCCCCUCCAGUAGCAGAAUGGAUGCAUGGUCACAGAGGCGUGGCCUGCAGACUAUGAACCUGCGGUCAGUCUUUACAGCUGAGCAGCAGAGGAUCCUGGAACGUUUCUAUGAUAAUGGGAUGACCAAUCAGAGCAAGGCUUGCUUCCAGCUAAUACUGCAGUGUGCUCAGGAAGCCAAACUGGACUUCAGUGUGGUCCGGACAUGGGUUGGCAACAAAAGACGUAAGCUCGCCUCCAGGGUAGAACAGAAUGGAGGCAUGUCUCACUCCUUAUCCAGUCAUGGACUCGCCGGGGGAAUACUCUCCAAUCACUCAUUACCCGGAGGUUCACUGUCCAAUCACAGCCUGGCAGCGGGGGCACUGCUUCCUGCUGAACUGGCUGCGGCGCGGAACAUCCAGAAUCGCGUGCACCUUCUCCCACCAUCCUCGUCCUUCCCUUCUUUCUCGUCAACAUCUUCCUCCCCUUCCUCCUCCUCUCCCCACAGCAGUGGAAGCAACAACAACAACAAUAACGACGUCAUACUGACUGGGAUUUACUCUCUCAACUCCGUCCCUCGCUCCCGACCGAGACCUACAGCCCCACCAUCUCAGUCAGACUCUGAGCUUUCUGCGCACACAUCCUCAUCUCUGAUCAACCGGGCCCUGCAGAGUCGAAACAGCUCCACCACCUCACCCCUCAACUCCAAGCUGGUCUCACUCUCUCAAAACCUCCCACCCCUCACAUCUGCCUCAGGGCCUUUAGUCUACACUGCAGUCAGGAAGGGAACAUUAUCCCUCGGAGAGGCAGGGGUAAGUGCAGGAGCAGGGGUGGUACCUCACAGCUGGACUCGGCAGUACGGUACAGCGCAAACCCGCCCUUGGUCCUCCUCCCCACAGUCCCAAACUCAACCUCAAUCCAGACCUCACUCCAACCCUCAACCUCAACCACCUGCUCCUCAGAAGACUCGGGUCUCCCUCCCGGUACAGAACUCUGGUCCCUCCUCUGAACAGACACCUCGUAUCCAGCAGGUCUUCACCUUGUCAGAAAGAGGCGAGGGAGAAAGACUUAGGUCAAGUCAUGUGUCUACACGGAAAAGCCAGGAGAGUCAUAGGCCUGCACCCUAUGUUCUGGAUGCCAGUCAGAACUUCUCCAUUGCCAUGGAAACUGGAGAUGAAGAAGAUGAGUGGCAAAGGGAAGAGGAGUUGGCAAAUUUGGCCGCGCAGACACACAUCCAGAGGGAGCAGACGUCAGCUAGCCCAAUCGCGGCUGAAGUGUCGGUGUUGAGGGGAAGCCACACACCUCCUAUGACUAGCUCCAGACCCACACUGCUUCACAGCAACACACCUCUUCAGGGCAGCUACUCCGUUACAGCACAGACCUCACUUACAGGGGAAUCCAGCUCACAGACUUUAGUCAGUGUGUCUGCUGCCCCCUGGGUUAUCAGCAACUCCAGAAAGAGAACACUGCAGGAUCGGACCCAGUUCAGCGACGGGGAUCUCAUCCAACUGAAGCGCUACUGGGACCGAGGCAUGACCAGCCUGGGCUCAGUCUGCAGGGAAAAGAUCACAGCUGCAGCAAACCAACUCAAUGUAGACACUGAAAUAGUCAAGACAUGGAUCAGUAACAGGCGGAGGAAGUACCGUCUGAUGGGUAUUGAAAUCCCUCCACCCAAAGGUGGGCCUGCUGUAUUCUCAACCUCAUCCCCAGGAAACGAAUCUCCGGUGGCCCUCAGCCCCGACGAGGAGGGGCUCAGAACGCCCGAACUCGGAGAUGACUUGAAUGAUGAGGGCUCUCUCUGCCUGUCUGAAGAUGGCACCAUCGACUCACAACACAGAGACGGAGAGGAUGGAAUAGAUAUGUCCACUGCUGCUCCACUGGCCAAUAAUGUGAAGAUCGAAGUAAUCGAUGAGGACGAGGAAGACGAAUAUGACGAUGAUGAUGGCGGUGACUUAAUGGCUUCAGACCGAGAGCAAAUGCAGAGCCUGCUGGAAUUCAAGCACGAGGAAGUGCAGUUCUUAGAGAUAGAGCUAGAGAACCAAAAACAAAAAUACGACGAGCUUGCAAGCUUCACGAAGAGCCUACUUAGCGCUGUGAGGAACAAUGACCUGGAGAGACAGCAGGAACUCAUUGCGAGUCUACCUCAGCCUUCAGACCAGGACUGGGACAUGACUGUGGAGAGAGGAACACAGCCUGCCGCUGUGUCAGCAGACGCAUCCUCCAAUCACAACGGCUCCCCAGCAAGUGGUGCGAGCAGUGCGGAGCCUCCACCCGCCCCGGCGGACGAAGAAGUCCCACUGGUCACCAUGAACAAAGACGAUACAGCAACUGAAGUUACUGAGCCCUCUGCAUCAGAGGAGCAACUGCAGGAGGGAGUUACAGAACAAAAGUGACUAUCUCAUGUACAUCAGCUCACAUCCACUCAUACAGAUGUUUCCAUAAGCCACACAGAAGCUGGUCUUAGACUACAUGGACUAUACGGUGUUACAUUUACACAAACACUCUGGUAAACUCAUGCUCCACGCCUAGUGCCUGUGGAUUGAUGCUUCACUACGACUGUUGGGCUGACAAAUGCCUUUUUUACUGCAUAUCAUUCGCCUUGCUCUGGACCAGUCCAGAGAGAACAAUAAACGACCUCUAACUUAUCUAUGUGGCUUUG